AGAAAAAAGAAAAAAGAAAAAGAAGAAAGAAAGAAAGAAGUUAACUACGUCGGACAAGACUUGCCGAGAAGCAACUCAUCACUCUUCACAUCCAAUAACGACCCAAUAACACAACACAACCAUUCUUCCUUGAUCUUAUUGAGUGGGAAACGGCCUACGCGAUACGUAAUAGCAACAUUCUAGUAUUUUAGUCAACAACUACUUACUACCUAUACUACCUAUACUACCUACAUACCACCAUCACUGUACCGCCAGAAACCACCAGAGGCUCAUCAAUCUCUACGUACCACCUACCUUUACUACACCUUAGAAUGACCUCCUCUCCCGACCAAUCUCGCUUUUCGAAUAUUCGUGCUCAGGCUAAGAUCCUGGAUGGGGAAGAUGGUCUCCAUCACUUGAGGGGCGAGUUCCAUAUCCCUACCAAAGAGGAUAUCAAACGGAAAACUCUCCAGCAGGAACCGCAGCAACAAGAUCAUAUCGAUCCUACCCAAGUCGAUCAUACAACAUCUUGCACAUACAUGUGCGGGAACUCCCUUGGGCUACAACCCAAAAGGACGGCAACUCGCAUUAACCAGUAUCUUCAAACCUGGUCCACUCAAGGUGUCCAGGGGCACUUCAAGCCACUUGACGAUUCCCCUCUACCGACAUGGCUCGACGCGGAUGCCCGAGCCGCCAAAUUGAUGGCCCCCAUCGUAGGAGCAGACGAGUCUGAGGUAGCUGUCAUGCAAACCUUGACCGCAAAUCUACAUCUGCUGAUGUCUGCCCUCUACCAUCCGGACCCCAAAGGAAAGCACAAGAUCAUUCUUGAGGCCAAGGCGUUCCCAAGCGAUCAUUUCGCUGUAUUGAGCCAGAUUCGUCAUCAUGGCCUCAACCCUGAUACGUCCAUGGUGACUAUAGAGUCGCCUUACUCAGAUGAUGCUCUGAUCACUACCUACGACAUCCAGUCAGUGAUCUCCAAACAUGCGUCUGACACGGCCUUGAUCUUGCUACCUGGUAUUCAGUACUACACUGGCCAGCUAUUUGAUAUCCCAACCAUUACCGCGUUCGCUCACAAGCACGAAAUCACCAUUAUCUGGGACUUGGCACACGCAGUGGGUAACGUUCCUCUCCAUCUGCACGACUGGGACGUAGAUGCAGCCGCAUGGUGUACAUACAAGUACCUCAAUGGCGGGCCGGGCUGCAUAGGCGGCAUGUUUAUCAAUUCCCGAAAAAGCUUAGUGACUACGGCUAUCACCGAUGAAGAGCCCGAGAGGGGCUACGGCAACCGUCUCUCCGGUUGGUGGGGAAACGACAAAGCAAUCCGCUUCCAAAUGGCUACUAAAUUUCAUCCCGUGAAAGGGGCUGCUGGGUUCCAGCUAAGCAACCCCAGCAUUCUUGACAUUACAAGCCUCAGCGCGUCUUUAGAGGUCUUUGAACUAGCAGGUGGUGUCCAGCCACUUCGUGAGAAAUCCCUAAAGCUCACGGCCUUCCUCGAGCAGUGCCUUUCCAUCCUUUCCGAAGACGCGAAGAAGCUCUUUAGAAUUAUCACGCCAUCUGACCCAAGUCAACGUGGUGCCCAAUUAAGUCUAUUGCUGGCGGCAGAUAAUAUUCUGAACUCUGUAAUGAAACAUCUCGAAGAGAAUGGCGUCAUCGUGGAUGAAAGACAGCCGAACGUAAUCCGCGUCGCUCCGGCACCCUUAUACAACUCUUUCGCAGACUGUGUCACGUUCGCCGAGGUCUUUGAGUCAGCGUUGCUAGCAGUUCAGAAGUAAGCCCAAGUUAUGUCUUGUCCACGUCGAUUACCGAUACCAUCUAUGUCUUAACGCCAGACUAAAUCAUAUCAGUUUGUAAAUAGUGUAUGAUCGAAUGUCGGAUAGAAAAUAGAUCAGGUUAGAUAGCUACUUGGAUAUUGUUGUCUCUUCAGUUGCUAGCUGACAUGAUAUAUGAUUCAUGAUUCACUACUCGCGGUUAUACAUCUCUAACCAUAUCAAUCGCUUGUGCCAUCAUAUAACAAUCCUGGCCAAAUGAGGUCAGAAAGGAUUACCUUCGUGCAGAAUAGCAUAUAAAUAUAUAUGUACUUCGUGUAUAGAAUAGAAAAAAUGGCUGAGUAAA